AUGCUAGUCAUGUGUCAGUUGGUGCUAGUAGUCUGUCUUUUCAUUGGGAUUCAAAAGGGAUCCAGUCUCCUACUGGAAGACGACUGUGGAACAACCAGGGAUAAUGGGAUUCACCCGCUGAUUGAUGGUAAAGAUGCGGACAUAUUCGCGCAUCCUUGGAUGGUCAGGGUAAUGAUCUUGAAUACACCACAAUGUGGCGGUUCUCUUAUCACUUCGCGAUUUGUUUUGACGUCAGCGCAUUGCAUUUCACGGGAUUACAUGAGUGUGCGCCUGGGCGAAUACGACAUCCAGCAUCCCAGGCCCAUCUGUGACAAUUAUGGCUGCAAACCCAGGGCCUUUAAUGUAGAUGUGGAUAUGAAAAUUGUUCACAGUGAUGAACGGUAUGAUAUAGGUCUGCUACGAAUGAACACGAGUGUGACAUUCUCAGACUAUGUCCGACCGAUCUGCAUACUCGUCGACGCACCGGUGGGACCUGCACCACUUUUCAAUGUCACCGGAUGGGGAAGGAAUAGUAAUGGAGAACCGCAGCAUAGGCUACAGAUUGCCACGCUUAUCGAACUUCCUAAAGAGCGGUGUAGAAAACUGGGCAAGGUACUCGAUGAAUCCUAUAUAUGCGCAGGCAGUGACCACAGUGACUCGUGCGAGGGCGAUUCGGGAGGUCCUUUGAGCGCGAUUCGCAGAUUUGCGGGGCAAAAAAGGGUCUUCCAGUUCGGUGUCGUUAGCGCUGGACUUCCUUCUUGUAGAGGCUUGGCAGUGUACACCAAUGUCACACACUUCAGGAGCUGGAUCUUGAGUGCUAUUCAAGAGUAUGCGUACGCGAUCCCGUGA